CCCCCUCCCCCACCUCCAUAUCACAAACCCCACCGCUCGACAAAUGCCGGCCCGCGCCUGCUAACCCGCUAAGCGCGCCCCCCGCAUUCCAAGAUCCGUCUCCUCCUCCGGCGACCUCGCCGACGACCAUGCCGGCGACGGACUACCAGGGCACGCCCUCCCACUCCCACUCGCACCCCUCCCCGUUCUCCUCCUUCGGCCGCUCGCUCUUCUCACUCCGCCGCGACAGCCCGGCCUCGGCGGCGGCGGCGUCCCCGGCCAUGCUGUCCGGCGAGGACGCCGACCUCGAGGCCUUCCAGCGGCAUGUGGCCGUGCACCUCGCGGAGUUGAGGGGUGGUGGCGGCGAGGAGUUUCUGUCUAUCGCGUGGAUCCGGCGGCUGCUGGAGGCGUUCCUCAUGUGCCAGGAAGAAUUCCGGGUGGUGGUGGCCCAAGCGCGGCGCCGCGGGGCGCUCUCGGCGGCUGCGGAGAAGCUGGUGGCGGAGUUCGGCGACCGCGCGGUGAAGGCGCUCGACGUCUGCAACGCGGCCCGCGACGGGGUGGACCAGGUGAGGCGGUGGGAGCGGCUGGCAGGCAUCGCGGCGUCCGUGCUGCUCGCGCCCGGGGAGAUCCACGGGGGCCAGCUCCGCCGCGCGCGGAAGGCGCUCUCGGACCUGUCCUUCCUCCUCAUCGAGGACGCCGCGGCAGCCGCGGGGGGCGGGGGCGGGGUCGCAUCGUUCCUCGCCUCCCACCGCAACCGCUCCUUCGGCCGCGCGCGGGCAUCUCCGUCCCGCGCCGCGCUCCUCGCCUCCUCCUCCCACUUCCGCUCGCUCUCGUGGAGCGUGUCCCGCACGUGGUCGGCGGCGCGGCAGCUGCAGGCCAUCGGGGCCGGCCUGACCGCGCCGCGCGCGCACGAGGCCUCGGGCCUCGCCGCUCCGGUCUACGCCAUGGGCUGCCUGCUCCACCUCGCCGCGUGGGCGCUCGUCGCCUCCGUCCCAUGCCCGGACCGCGGCGGCGCGCUCCAGGCGCACCACCUCCCUGCCGCACCGCCGCGCGCAGCGUUCCCCUGGGCGCCGCCUCUCGUCGCGCUCCAAGAACGCCUCACCGAGGAGGGGAAGCGCAAGGACCGGCGCAAUUCGUGCGGCCUGCUCAAGGAAAUCCACUCGCUGGAGAAGUGCGCGCAGAGGCUCGCCGAGGCCAUCGACUCGGCCCCCGUCCCGCUCGCCGGCGAGCGGGAGGCCGAGGUGCGAGAAGCUGCGGCCGAGCUGGCCGCCGUGUGCGCCGCCAUGAGGGACGGGCUCGAGCCGCUGGAGAGACAGGUCCGGGAGGUCUUCCACCGCAUCGUGCGCAGCCGCAUGGAGGGUCUCGACUCGCCGAUGCUCAACGGCGAUUGAGCCAUCAAGAUUUUGCCUUGAUCGCGCAAUGUGGUGGUGAUAGGUAGCUGUCCUGUUCUUGGUUUUUUUCCGCACUUGUGAUCGGUGGUGGUAGUGAUUAGUAAGUAUAAAAUGUGUAUCCUUCUGUAAAGGAUUGCAGAAAGGGAAAAGGAAAGGUGCCAUCUUCGUGUAAAGAUGAUCCCUUAUUCCCAUGUUUUGGUACUGCAUUUGGUGUAUAUCUUCGCGUUUUUGUUAGUCAUCUACUUGUGUGGAGCUUCUUGAGUAGCUUGUGCUCUGAAGAUCUGUGAGGUCACUUUGGAAAUGUGACGUUCAUAUGAAUGCUGACAUAAAGGAUAAAAAAGAUUUUUUUUUUCAAAUUAUAAUUUAACUUCGUGGCGGUCUUGACUCUUA